AUGGACGCAAAGCCACAGAGACCAGCUCGCACCCUUCGCGGUCGAGUCGAUGAGAACAUGAUUGCCUUCAACCGCGCUGGAAAGACCAUCCAUCACCGCAACAAGUCGUCGCCUGCCUUAUCGGCCCUGGCCAACAGCAACAGCAACAGCAGCGCUACCAGCAAGGAGUCAGUCAGACGUGCUGCCUUUGGAGAUGUCAGCAACACCGUCAAUUCCCUUCGAUCCGCCAAAGAUGACUCUUCUCUCCCAUCCAAGGACACUAUCAAAAUCACCGAGAAGCCGCUCUGUCUUGCUCGCCCAGCGCAGCGCCCCAUUCACUCCAUUAGUACAAAGCCGGCAGUGAAUGCCAUCAUUAACGCCGAAGUCGGUAUAAAGCCUGGCUCAGAGAAGACGCAGGCUAAAAAGAUUCAGACCAAACGUGCAAACGCUGUCUUUAAAGACCCAAUUCUGCAGCCGGUCGUCGAGGAACCAACCACCAAGCAGCAAAAACCACAGCAGCAGCAGCAGCAGGAAAAGGCUUCUGCCCCUCAGGUUACCGUGAAUGAGGCAUCGUCAAAAUCUGCUGAGCCAUCCAAAGAGGUCGAAAGGGACGUCAAGGGCGCGAUCAAUGCUCCCAAACCAGCCACUACUGAACCUGCUCCUGCUCAAGUAACCAAAACCAUGCCUGCAGCUACGGCCGUUACAGAAGAAUAUGCAGUUAAAGAAUCCGUUGUCAAGGCAACCGUCGAAUCCGGACCACCAGUGCCAAAUCAUAAUGCAAAGGAUGCCGAUGAGGUGACAAAGCCAAAGGUUACCAGGAUAUCCAGCGAUGGAGCCAAAGGCUCAAUGCCAUCGACCAAACGACCAAGUGAUAUCACCAUCUCGUCGCGUAAAUACGACCAGUCCGAACCAGAAGAAUACUGGGACGAAGAGGACGAGGACAACUAUGACGAAGAUGGCUAUGCCACUGCUCGCUCAUACCGCUCCCGUGAUAAUACCACUGGCGGCGCAACAAUGGUACUAUUCCCUAAAAUGAGCCAGCAGUCCCGCCGGGAACUAGCUCUGGCAAGGCAAAUCAUGGAAACCUCUACCUCUGUCGAAGAGUACGAUGACGAGUGGCGGGAUACUACAAUGGUAGCUGAAUAUGGUGAAGAGAUCUUCCAAUACCUAAGGGAACUCGAGGUAUGUUAUGUGCCAAUGUGCCUUUUGCAACUGCUGAUAAUGCCAAUGCUAACGCUAUUGUUUUUAAUAGCUCAAGCUCCUCCCAAAUGCCCAUUACAUGGAUAA